AUGGGACGGAAGGGCGAAGUGCUGCUCGAAAGUCUCGUCCAUGGAUCUUAUGGGCGGGACGGAGUGUGCAAAUGUGGAAGAGAGAGGCUUGGAAUUGUCUCAUGGAACAGAUGGAGACGGCGAAUUGAUAUUUGGGGAUUGUCGCUGAUUCUGUCUCUAGAGAACGACAAGGGUACCCUCGUUGACUUGUACAUCCCCAGACACUGCUCUGCCACCAACCGUCUCAUCACCGCCCAGGACCACGCUUCCAUCCAGCUCCAGGUCGCUGACGUUGACGCCGACGGCAAGGCCAUCAAGGGCUCUGCCACCACCAUUGCCAUCUGUGGCCGAAUCAGGGCUCAGGGUGACUCUGACGACUCCAUCAACAGGAUCGCUACCAAGGAGGGCUUGUUGAAGAACGUGUGGUCUUACACUCACUAA